UAUUUACAGGUUUUUUUCAUUUGAAUGACUAUAUGGUGAAAUAAAAGAGCAUAGUGGGUUUUUUGUUUUGUUUUGCUGUUGGUGGCACAGUAUAUAGUGAAAAUGGUGCAAUAUUGAAGCACCAUCAGGACCAGCAUGAAGACACAUCAUCAUCAUCAGCAGCAGCAACAGCAGGACAUCCUGUCAUCAUCCCACACCAUCACCACCACCACCAUCACCACCAGAGAGAGGAACCAUCAGCAGUGGUGCACACUCUUCUGUGUUGUCUCUGUUGGGUGCUGCUGCUGCCAGCACAGCAGCUGCAUUUAAAUAAGGGGUGUGUGGUUGGUUGGGUUGGUGCCAGCAGCUGCUGCCCACACAAAAAAAAAAAAAGAAAAAAAAAAGAGGGGCUUCCUUCGGAUGCAGGUGUGGGCGUGUUGGCAGGCUGUGGCCCAGCGUGUGGGUGCCGCAAUGCGCUACUAUUGCCUGUGGAUCUACGCCUGCAACCUCGUGCUGCUCCUGGCCGUGGCCGUGUUUGUCUGCUACGCGGGCACCGUGCUGGCUGACCACCGACUGGCCUUUGUGCCGCACGUGCGGUUCUACCAGCCGACGUUGGUGUACGCGUAUGCGGCGGUGCUGGUACAGGCCGGGGUCGUGCAGGCCGUGGGCUGCUACGCGGCCAGGCAUUUGAACGAACGCCUGCUCAACGUGUACUGGUUCAUGCUGCUGGGCUUGCUGCUGGGGGACUUGGGGGUCGGGGUCGUGUGGAUCAUCAGGUAUGACAGGAUAUGCAGGGACAUGUUGCCCAUGUUGCAGCACCAGUUGCAGCAGUCCUAUGGCACAGAUGCAGAGUUCACAAGGCGCUGGGACAGGCUGCAGGUGGAGUCUGAGUGCUGUGGAGUAGCUGGCCCACUGGACUAUAAUGCAACCCUGGCAUUUGCCACCUCAGUCUUUGGGACAGCUGCUGCAGUGGCCCCAGGCUCUGAGCACCAGGGCAUGUUGACAUUUCAUGUGCCUGCUACUUGUUGCCAUCCCAGUCAGGCUUUGCCUCUGCAAUUAUCUGCCCCUACUACUACUCCUAGAAGUUUUGCUAGUGGUCACCUGGAUGACCCUGAUGAUGCCCCACUUGGGGAUAAUAAGAGUUACCGUAGAGAGUAUGAUGCGCAGUAUGAAGAUGAUGAGGAGGAGGAGGAAGAAGAAGGAGGAGGAGAUGGUUUCCAGACUAGAAAGAAACGCAGAACAAGGGCCACGCAUCGCCACAGACAUUGGCAGAGGACAGGCGCGCACAUGGUGCGACAUCUGUCCAUGCGACAAAGUGAUGGUUCGAGCGCGAGUCGCCGUCUGAAUCAGAAGGUGUCGCCCACACUCAACUUCACCUGCUUGGACGCUGACUUGGCACCCAAACUGGAGCCGCGGUUGGACGGAUGUGGCCCAGAGCUGGCCAAGUGGGUGUCCAAGAGUGCAGAUGCUCUGUUCGUCCUGGGGUUCUGCGUCAUUGCCUUUGUCAAGAUAUGCUUUCUGGGUCUCCUGAGGUAUGAAAUAAAGGAAAUGAUCCAGAAGAUAAAAGUAUUGAAGUCAGAGGGUGAGGAAGGAGCAAGACAGAGUGAGUUUGCAGAGAUUGCUGCAGCAUUUGGUGCAGCUGCAGCAACCCAGGCCCAGACAACAGCAGCCAGUGCAAACCAUGUGCCUUUUGUGCCUACACCA